AAAGGAGAAGUGGUAGUAUGUUCAGAGGAGAAGAAUGCUGACUUCUUUCAUGCUGUCCUGGGUGGACUUGGCCAGUUUGGUAUAAUAACUCGAGCAAGAAUCUCUUUAGAACCAGCACCAAAGAUGGUAAAGUGAAUCAGAGUGCUUUAUUCAGAUUUCUCCACUUUUGCGAGAGACCAAGAGCAUUUAAUAUCUGCAGAGAACACCUUUGAUUACAUAGACAGCUACAUCCCCUCAACACUCUUUGUUACAGAAGUUUCAUACGUAGAAUUCUUGGACAGGGUCCAUGCUGCAGAACUAAAACUACGGUCAAAAGGACUUUGGGAACUUCCAUACCCAUGGCUCAAUCUACUUGUUCCAAGAAGCAAAAUACACAGCUUUGCUGAAGGUGUUUUUGGCAGCAUUCUAACAGACACAAAUAAUGGCCCGGUACUUGUCUACCCAGUGAAUAAAUCAAAGUAA